AUGGGUCAUGGCUUAGAGAAGAUGCUAAAUAGAGGAAAGAAGCUGGCUAUCCAAGUGGCUGAAGGGAAGAAAAGACAUGAUGUCCCACUUCAGGCAGUGAAGCUGGCAUCAGAAACUGGUGUUGCCCUUAGAGACAACAUGCCCAUCUACACAUCAUGGAAGCUUUAUGACAAUGAUGCGGGAAAGGAAGAAGUAAAAAAAGUGCUUGACAAAGUGGCGGUGAGACAGCUAUUUCACUCCUCCAAAUACUCUCUUGCAUUACUCUACUCCCAUGUGAAAAAAUUGUUGGAUGUGGAUGUUAAGAAUGAGGCACCAAGUAAAGCUGCAUGCACUGAUAUCAUUAAGAGGGGAGUAAGGCAGACGAGGUAUCACCUGAAAAAGAAGUACUUCGAUGAGUCACUGACAGAGGAACAGCUGCUGGCCAAGCAACCUCCACCUAAAAUGAAGAAAGAGGAAUGGACCAAGCUGGUGGAGUACUGGUGUGACCCAAAGAAUCAGGAAAAAUGUGCUAAGAAUAAAGUAAACCGAGCCCAAGUGCAGCUUCAUCAAAGGACUGGAGCUAGGUCCUAUAUUGCCCAUCGAUACAGCCUGAGGACUAAGUACAACAACAUGGAGCCAGAUGCUGUUGAUUUCUUUGGGGAAUGUAUGAGUAGUCCCCAAAAUGGUUGUACUCCUCUUGCAAAUGAAAUAUAUGAACAAAUGGUUGCAGAGAAGGAAAGAGAGCCAGAAGAAGGAGAAGAACAAAAUUCUCCCUCCAAGAUUGUUGCUGACUGUCUCAGCCAGAUCAGCCGUUCAUCCACCUUCCUUCCUAACAUUGGUGUCCCUCGACCAUCGAAUACUGGCCGGUCCACAUCGACAGCCGCACAAGCACGUCUGCAAGCUCAGUUUGAGGAAACACUCCAAGCAAAAAGAGAGAAAGCUGCUAGGAAGCAGGAAGAGUUGCAAGCACAGCUUCAUGCUCAACAGGCCGCACUUGAAGAAAACCAAAGUUUGUUGCGUCAGACCCAAGAGGAAGUAAAGGGGAUGCAUACCAAGUUGGAAGAGACUAAUGCACUGCUACGAGCUGUCCUAAAACUUUAG